UUUUAUGGAAUAGAUUCUGUGGUCCGGCGACAACAGUGAGUGUGCCAUGCACACGUCCUCCACGUGUGAGUGUCAAGACCCUGGGUCAGGCCGUGUGGUGGACAGGAGAGUGCUAUACUGCUGUAAUCACACUCUUCCCGGAGCAAGUUCGCCUGCUACACGACCCGCCUGACAGACUCUUUGUCACCGGACCGCCCGGUACAGGUAAAACUGUGGUGCUGCAGCUGAUGGCCAUAGAGCGGCUGCGAUGUGGUCACCACGUCUACAUUGUCAGUAGUUGUAGUGAGAGUCGUGCAGCGUGCAGCAUGUUGUAUGACUUGUUGCAGCAGACAGUAAACACACUACCGUCAGAAGGUGUGUCACCUGGUCAACCUCACCUCCUGCAGUAUGAUCUUGGUGACGAUAAAGACGUGGAUAAGGCCGUCAAUGACUUGUCACAAGCGGCGAGCGGAGGGUCGUUGUACGUCAUCGCUGAUGAAGUGGGUCCUGAUAUGAAUGGAGAUUGCUUCCAGGAAAUGUGUGAGAAGCUCCUGACACAAGUUCCUCGUCUCCAUAUCUGGGCAGCAAAUUGUUUUCAUGGAUAUCCACCAGACGGAUGGAAAGAAGAAAAUUUAAUCAGACCCCUCCGCUUUACGCCGGCCAUCCUCAGGGAACUUAAGAAAGGCUUGUGUCUGGUGAAUUACGAUGACAUCUUACAGUACAGUGAGCGAGGUGUGCCCGACCACACAGACGGCCCGCCAGUCAGACAACUGUAUCAUAAGCCUCAAAGUCAUUCAAAUCUCAAGCUAUUUGACUGUGUCACGUGCGGUCGUGAGGUGGCCAGCUUUCUGCUCAAUCUCCAUGUUGGCGUUGCAGAGAACUCCAAUCCACCAAGUCUACAGUGGAGAGACAUGCUGGUGUUGUACUGGUGUAACUUUAGUGACAACUCGGGUAUGGUGAAGGGACUGCAAGAAGCGGGUAUCCCAGUGCAGUUGAUGACGGAUGAUGACUUCGAGGACAUGGUGAACGCCCGCAGAGACGUGGUGUGGGUGGUGUAUGGAGACCGAGUUCAUGGUCUGGAGAGAAAAGUCGUCGUCUGUCUGGACGACUAUGAGACUACGGAUGAGGGUGAGGAUGGCAACGUUUUUAACCUAACCUUACAAAGAAGUGAUACCCGACUUUACUUCAUGUCCCGAUGUACGUCACAACUUGUGAUUGUCUCCAAUGACGGCCUACCGAUGUCAUCUGCUCAGUAAUACCCCCUAGAAGCACAUUCGUCAUAUUUAAAUAUAUCCAAACAGGACGGAGCAGUACGCGUGCCUCGAAAUCCACCUGGCACGUGCGUCCUACUAAAUUGAAAUCUAAUCAUAUUAAAAUGCUGUUGAGAUAAACUACAUUCGCUUCGUGCGGCAAUGGUUGAAAAAAAUUUUUCUAGACUUUAACAAAGGAGUCUUCCCCCAUAAAACAGCGCCCCGAAGCCCUAACUAUUAUGCAUGUGCACAAUUUCAAAUACAACCGUUUGCCCCGUUUCAAUAUCACUUUUGAUAUUGUAGAAUAUUCUAAAAAAAAAAGCUUUGAUGAUUAGAUUUACUGUAUUAAGCAAAUUAAAGGAGCAUUUUUAUUGUGUGUUCCGCUGGACGUAAGUUCUGAUUUUGAUAUGGAGACUUUCUACAAUUUCGUUUUCUUAAUUGCAGUGUUUAAUCACGAACUUGUAUUACUAGACUGCUCGCAGACGAUUUUUUUACUGUUACUAGUAAAACGAGGCUGGUGUAUACAAAGCUUCCGGUUUAGUCCCAUUUUAACUCAUUUGCUUUGUCAGGGUUUAACGAGGUCACAUUCCCCUCGAUCGUGCUCAUGGAAAUUCACCAAUUUCAAAAAAUCAUAAAAAAUAACUAUAACAGAUGGAAAAACAAUUUUAACUGAUAAUAAGAGAUCAAACUGUGUAAAAGAAAAAUGUUUACAUCUGAAUCCUGCAUGAACAGUCACUUAUUAGGUAAUCCAAAACAAAUUAGGAAGGUGUACUUGAAUUUUUUUUUAAAUUCACUAAGGGUUGCACAGGAACAUUGGUCUUGUCAAAAAAAAAAAAAAAAAAAAAAAUCAGAUUGAUGCAUGGUCUCGGCGAAGACAGCCAGCAACCCCACAUACACGUCCGUGGUUUAAUUCUUUUCGCUAGCUAAAUAAUUGGCGCUUGUACACGUUUCUUAAGUGAUCGUUUUAGAUUACUAUUGGUUUUCUGUUCAAUUUACUGGCAAUGUAUAUGACUGUAUUUGUGACAUCCAUUUAAGAUUCGUGUUACUGAUUGCUUUUUUUAUGCUUGUUUAUGUAUGCUUCAUUUGUUGUUUAUCAGUUUUAAUUUCAGUUGCUUAGAAUUAUUUCUACCCAGUUUCUAAAUAUAUAAACAUUAUUAACAUUAAGAGUAAAAUCUUGGGUAAAAUAUGUAAAAUACAAACUCUAAAAAAUAUGUACAAAUUCAUACUUAGCUUAAGUGUAGAAGGAAUUAACUAUCAUACUCAGCACUUUUGUUUAAAUUACAAUUCUUUCUUAAAUUAUGCUUCCAUCGAUUAAUUAUAAUUUUACAUUAUUUUCAGUUCAGUAUUUGUGUGUAUUAUAAUAUUACAUUUGUAAUGUAUAUUACAAAAGCUUAUUAGAUAACUUAUUAUUACAAAAGCUUAUUAGAUAACUUAUCAGUCAUUAGCAAACUAAAAUUAAUUGAAGUAAUUUUCCUUAUUAAAAGUAUGAUAAUUAUCAUAUUGCUUAUGAUUUUCACUAACAAAUUAGUUACACAAGCAGUAUUUGUAAAUGUAUGUAAAUAUAAUUGUUAUACAGCUAUAAUUAUAAUAGAAAUAUCUUUUGUGUAAUUUUUCCUACACUGUAAUUACCAAAAAAAAAUUUUUCAAACAUUAUAUAACAUUAAUUGCAGCUAAGUUUUUAUUGGAUUUUUAAGCUAAAAGAGUACAGAAAAUUUAAUAGAGUGAGAGUCAUUACAGUUUAAUUUGGUUAAUACACAAUCAGUAAAGCCUAUAUUGUAAAUUAUGACCAGUUUUAUAUUUUAAGACAUUUCCAUGCAUGUACUAUGGUGCAUAUUAUUCAUAACUGUGAAUUGCAGGCCUGUUUACACUUAAAAUCCAUGUAAUCCUAUGACAAAAAGCAAAUUUUUAAAACAUUUUUGGUUUAUUAAUGCACAAAACAUAUAAUACUACUACAUAAAACAGUUUACAUAAAAACAACAUGUACACAGAGAAAACACAUCCCUUGUGAUAUACGAAAUCCUGUCAUCAAUGUCUAAUCAGCAGAAGCAGCUGACAAGCCAAACAGAGUAGUGGUCUGUCCCUGACUGCUUAUACAGCGAUAGCUUUUAACAUGUUGCAAUAAAUAACAUAAUACAUAUUUUAAAAAACCUUUCCAUUCCCCCCCACUGACCCCCAGCCCUUAUUUCAAGAACUUCACACAUUAGAAACAUGCACUCGACAUAUGCUAAUUUAUGUACCAAUAGCAUCCAUUAUAUCAUAUCUUCUAGUGUGUUGUAUAGCAAUAUUAAAUAGAAGAGAAAAAAAGCACUCUCACACAUGCUUUCAAGUAGGUAUAGGGUUUUCAGGCUAAGGCGAAACAUAAGGGAUACACACUUGUAAAAAUACAGGGUCAUGAUAAAUAAAUCCUGAUCGUUGAAAGGUUCUUCUAUAGAAAAGAGAUGCAUGUAGAUAACUCACUCAGUUUUAAAAUAGUACACUUUCAUACUGAAAGAAGCAUUACAUCUAUCUUAUAUCUUGCAUCUAGAUGUUUAACAUAUGCUUUUGAGUUGGUAAUAAUUUCACCUCUUUACACUAGUGUAUGAGAAAUGUUGCCUCAAGUACAAUAGUUAAGGAAUUUGUGACCAAGAUUCUAUAUACAAUUCUGCUAUGAAUCCAUUUAACUUCACAGCUGUUAUAUUAUUGUACUUUACUAAAAAUAUUUUUGCAUGACAGUUGUAUUAUCAUUUUCCUAUUUGCUACAGCUUUCAGGCGUUUCCCUGUUCCUUGUCAUUAAAACAGCCUCUGUACCUUUCCAAAUGAUUAAGUGAAAAACAGCUGGAUAACUGUUUUUUGCUUUGUUGUUCUGAAAGGCGCAUAGGCUAUUUUUAAUGCCAUAACUCGUAUGUAUUUACGUAUAGAUUGUUUACCCUGUCACAACUUUUGGUUUAGAUUAUUUUGUUCUUGUGCUUGUCUUUAUCUAAAGUGUCACACUAACCUGUAUGCUUAUUUUCAAAAUUAAUUUUGCUAGUUAUUACCUGUAUUUUUUUAUGGUUGAGGGGUCUUGAAUGAUGCAGGCACAUUUAUUUAUGCACUUUCAAAGCUGCAUUAUUCAUUAUUACUGUAUAUUAUGUGGUCUGAAUUUAAAGUCUAGGCUGGAAAAACAGAAACAGUCAGUAAAAGAUCAUGUAUUAGAGAUGUAUUAGUGUUAUAAUGGAAAUGUAAUAGAAUAAAAUCUGUUAGCAUGCCAAGGUCUCUAACAGAAAAGUAUGUGGGCUUUUUUUCCCCAUCUCACACAAAUAAAGCAAUCAUCAUGGAAGUCACCUUGAUUCCCAUGUGUCAUAGGAUGAUAAUACAACAAUAUUAAUGUAUAUCAUAUCAAGACAUGUAGUUUUUGAUAAUCAUGAAGUCAUUUAUACUUAUGUGUAUAGAGUCACUAUUUAGUCUAGUUAACAAGUUGUUCAUAUGGUAGCCAGUGUUUACCAAACCUUUCUUCGUUUAUUUGUAAACAUGUAUUAAAUUUUUCAAUUGUAUAUCUGUGUUUCAAUAUUUGGAUAAAAUGUUCUAACCGCGGGAUGACGUUUAUAAAUCUAUAAGAAUAUAUGUAUGCUUUUGCUAGCAGUAAAAUUAAAUCAAGCACAAUAUCUGUCUCAAACGUAUUACUGCAUCCAAACAGAACCAAAUGUUCACUGAUAGUUAUCUUAGGAGCAUUUGUACAUUUGUCUAAUAUACAAUUUUGUAAUUUUUUCCAAAAAUCAUUAACAUAUUUACACUUCCAACAAAUGCUGAAUAUUUUCAUUUUCAUCUCUGCAAAGGCUGCAGACAUCAUCCUCUUCUAGUCCCAUGUGAAAUAAUAUUACUCUUGUCCCCAGAGUUCUAAGUAGCACUCUGAUUUGAAGCCAUUUUAAUUUAAUAUCUUUUAUAUUAGCCAUUGCUUUAAAUAUAACAUAUAGAGUUUUGUUUGAGAAAAAAAUCUUGCAUUUUCGCUCUUAUUUUUUCAGAUCUUGUAGUACUUUCCCAAUUUUGCGUUUGUAAUUUUUGAAUUUGUUUACUUACAUAAUUACAGUUUUCUAAUGAACACAAAUAUCGACUGAAUUUCUCUCCUUCUGCUAUAUCCACUGUGCUCUGGAGCGAAUCAGUAUACCAUCACUUUUCUUUUCCUUAUACUAAUAAGUUCCUUUUUGCUCUUUUCCAGUUCAUUCAGCUCUUCCUCAUUCAUCUUUCCUUUACCUUCCAACUGUGUAAUUAUUUUUUCUAAUUUUUUUUCCUUUUCCUAAUUUUUUUUUUCAUUUGCAUAAGCCAUUGUUUUUGUUCUGAUUUUCAUUAGCAUAGUGUCUCAAAAGGUCUGAUCCGAUAUAACCAGCUGUACUUCCAUCAAAGGAAUAUUUCCUAAAUUUUUUCUUUCAAAUGAAAAGGCUGAGUAUUCUUCUGUAACUUCUCUGACAACAUUAUUUAUUUGAGUUAGAUAAUUUUUAUCCCUUAAAUGGGAUGAAUUUAACUUCCGUAGAUUAAAUCUUCUUUCUUCUUCUUUGUUGCUUAAUGAUAGAAUGAUCAAAAAAUGGUCAGUUCGAUAUCCCGGGGUAAUAUCUGCAUCUACAACAAGAGCUGAAAGUGAAUCUGACAUAAGAAAGUAAUCCAAUCUGCUAUGUUGGAGGCGCAUUUUCCUAUGCCAAGUGUAUCUUAGUACUUCUGUAUUUAAUUCACGCCAUAUAUCAAUCAGGUUCACAUUUUUCAUCAUCUUAUCAAUUUGUUUUUGUCCUCUUGUACUGUUGUUAUGCUUAUAGUCAUGGCAGUCUAGCUGAAAGUUCAAAACAACAUUCCAAUCACCCCCAAUCACAAUGUUAUCUAUACCUAAUUGCCUCACACACUCUUCUAGUUGCGAACAAAAUUUUGGGUUAUCCUUGUUUUGCUCACAGACAUUGCAAAUUAGAAUAUCGUUUUCUAGUGUUUUUAUCAAUGCUAUAAUGUAGUUUCCUCCAUUGUCUCUAUAAACUUUUUAAACUGAAAAUUAAAAAUUGUUAUUAAAUAGGAUUGCCACCCCACGUGAGGAAGAACUGUAGGAUGCAAAAAAGGCAAGAGUAACCCCAUUCUGCAGAUAUCAUUGUUUCCUGUUUAUGGUCAAAGUGACUAUCCUGUAACUGAUAGACUGAAAAAGUCUUAUUAUAUAAAUAGUGGAAAACAUCUCUCCUCUUACGCAUGUCACCUAGGCCCUGACAGUUCAUUGAAGCUAAAAUAAUUGAUUAGUUUGUGCUCAUGUCGAAGUAAUUUUAAAGAAACAGUAAACAGCACAUAACAUUAAUUGGUGUAACUUUAAAAAAAUAAUAAUGAAGAGUACUGUAGUCAAUACAAGUAUUCCAUAGAUGAGCCUUCAUUUGAUGAUCAUAAUCUGUUGUGUAAGUAUUUGGUGGCAAAAGAAGAGAUGGAACAUUUAAAAAAAAAGCAUAGCAAAGGAUAUACAUAGACGAAUAAAAACAGACGAAUGAACAUGAAUUUUACAAUGGGAUUGUCAGGGUGACAUAAUACAGUCACCAUUUUUGCCAUGAGUGGUGAUCUAGUGUUUGUUGUUAUAACAAGGUCGGCUUAAAUUACUGUUUCUGUGUUCAGCUGUCGAAAGACAACCCUUCCAAAGAUUGUCUUUAUAUCAGGAUGAGAGUAACAGAUAUACUGGGUAUAUUUAAAGUCUUGUAAUACAACUUUUAAAAACACACAUAGUUACCGUAUGACUGCGUGAUGGCUCUGAUGUUGCGCCCAUCCUUGGUGGCCGCAGGGCGGGUACCAGCUCAGUGACAUGCAUUCUUGAUGUUUGUAACGACUUUGUAGACAUCCUGUUGGUGUUGAUAGAACUUACCAUUGUUCUAAGGUUGAGAAACUUCUUCUGCCAUCUCCUUUUAUACUGCAAUGCUGUUUCUUCCGAUGACUGUAAUCUCUCCAGUCUCAUUUUAAGCAGCAAUGUUUUUGUAAUUUAUGAAUAUGGCCGUGUGAACCAUACAUUUGGCGUCGACCAAUUUUAUUUCUUUGGUCACCUUUCUUUGCUGAUUCUUGUGAGUUUUGCAGAAAGAUAGUGUAUUAAACAGUUUAUUUAAGCUAUCAAGAGGGUAACCAGUGUUGAUAGAAUUUUCCUUUUAUAUAUGUAGCUGAGAACUUUCUUACUAGUUUCUUCAAAUUCCAGUCUGGAUCGACUAAAGGCAAUACACAUGUGAGCUUCAUCAGAAUCGGAAACAGGAAUUACGUGGAUUAGCCUGCCACAAACAAUCUACAUUAAAUAAGACUUGUCUGUACAGAAAAAGAGACAAUAAAAGCAUUUUGUGGCUUGUGAAAAUAUAAAGCUAAUAAAUAUUAGUGUCCUUCUCUGUUUGCUGUUGUGUGACUGACAAGUAAAUAGUCUUUCGUACCCGAGGACUAUUUAGUCAAACUCUGAUUUCUUCCUCCUGUUUGUUUCUCUGCAUUUUGAAUAGAGUGAGAGCUCAGUACGCUUGCUAAUAUAUUAUUUAGUUAUAUUGUAGUCAAAUAUUAAAAGUUGUUUAAUGGCUGUGAAAUUUGAGAAAGAAAGCAAAUUUUUUCGGAACUUUAUAGGCGUAGAUAUAUUUUAUUACAAUAAAAGAAAAAUAUGUUCUCUA